AUCCAGGAGAGUGGAGGAUUUCUCCUUUCAAGUCAGAAAAAGAGGGAUGAAGAUGAACAGAGUCCUGCUGAGCUCAUAGGAUCAGCUCUGUUCAGAUGACAGCUCUGUGAUCAGCAGCCUCACACACAGACUGACUGUGCACUGUAGACAGUGGUGUCUUUGGUCUUGGAUCUGGUGACUCUGAGGAUGGAAUUCAAUUAGGAAAUUCAGUAGGAUGCCUGGAAUUCUGUGAGCGGAUGAAGUGAGUGUUCGCGUUGAACUCCUGAAGCAGAGAUGAGUUUGACCUCCUGGUUCCUGGUGAGCGGUGGGGGGACGCGUCACCGUCUCCCCAGGGAGAUGAUCUUCGUAGGUAGGGACGACUGUGAGCUCAUGCUGCAGUCUCGCAGUGUGGACAAACAACACGCCGUCAUCAACUAUGAGCCAAACGCAGACGAACACAAAGUCAAAGACCUGGGCAGUUUGAAUGGAACUUUUGUCAACGACGUCAGGAUACAGGAGCAAAUUUAUGUCACGCUGAAAAUGGACGACAAACUGAGGUUUGGAUACGAUACCAACCUGUUCACUGUGGUGCGAGGGGAGCUGCUGAUUCCAGAGGAGGCCCUCAAGCACGAGAAACUGAGCAGCCAGCUCCAGCUGAACCAGAAGAAGCCUGCAGAAGCAGCGCCAGCUAAAGCAGAGGUGAAACCUUCUGAAGCAGCCGUGUCAGCAGCAGCAGCAUCGGCAGCAGCAGUGUGUGAGGGAGCGUCAGUCAAACCUGAGAACAACAGACAGGAGGACAGGGCAGCAGUGGACAUAGCAGUGCUGCACAGAGGCACUCCCCUGUACGGUCAGCCUGCGUGGUGGGGAGACGGAGACGGUGAGGAUCAACAGCCAGGAAGGGUGGAGGAGAAGAGCUCGGAGCGCAAGAGCGAAAAAGCUGAAGCAGACAGUAAGAAAAGCGAGACCCAGAAAUCUGCCCCACCAGCCACCUCCGCUCAGGAGCCCAGCUACUUUGAAAUUCCAUCCAAGGAUAAUCCCUCUUCAACUAAAGUUGCCGGUGAGGCCCAGGCACGGGAACAAGAUAUGGAGCCGGCCCAUGGCCACGCCUCCUUCACCAUUGAGUUUGACCCUUUGGCGACAGGGAAAGUCACUGUCAAAGACCGUGUGGCAAAAGUGGGACCUGAGACUAAACCACGCCCCAAAAGACCAGUUGGGGAGGAGCUGAGUCCACUGCAGUCGGCCAUGGUGGCCGCGGAGGUGAAGGUUGCUGACUGGCUGGCCCAGAACGAGUUACCAUUGGCUCUUAAAGAGACAGUGGCGGAGGAUGAUGGUGAGAGUACAAAGAGCGAUGUUCCUGUUCACCUGAGGAGUCUCAAAGGCAGUAGACACGAGGACGGCACACAGAGUGAUUCUGAGAACGCCCUGGGCGAACAGCGCAGGUCCGCAGCUGUGGAGCGCUCCUGGGGCCUGUGGGGCAGUGCCGGGGGGAUGAGGAUCAGAGAGGGACGCGCCAACGUACCCGAGGGGCUCUUCGCUGAGGAGGACAGUCCUGCACGCCGCCGCAAAUCCUCCAAAGUUGAGGUUGGAUUUGUGGAACCACGGCAUGGUUCCAGCAGAGUGCCGGAGGACAGCCAUCGUCAUGGAGAUGAUUGUAGUGACAGGGGAACCUACACCAUCGAGCUGGAGAAUGGAGACCACGAGGAGGAGGAAGCCAGGAAAAUGAUCGACAAGGUGUUUGGUGUGGUCGAACAGGAGGUCUCGUGUUUGUCGAGAGUUCCCGACCAAAGAAGCAGAUUUACCGUCCAAACGUCUGGGACAGGGGACAGAGGAAAACCUGCACGCCUGGAGACAGAGGUCCUCGCUGAUGAACUGAUGGUUGGCGGCCCUCGCUGGGUCUCACAGUGGGCCACUCUGGCUGCCAGUCACAUCAGAACAGACCCAGAGGGGUCAGGAGGAGAGGGUCACCUUGUUGUUACAGAGGACAGAGCUGAAAUCAGUGAGUCCAGCCACUCCACGUCCUACGGCGAGCGCAAGAGGAGAACUUUAACUUUGCCUCAGCUCCCUGCUGAGGAAGUCAGCCUUGGCCGUAGGACGCCAGGCGCGGGAGUGCGCACAGACGUGGGAGAAAAACAGGACAUGGAACUGCAGGAGAAGGAGAGCCGGGAGGAGAAGAGGGUCAGAGGAAAAGAUCGAUCCGGUCACAGCCCCAGUCGCUCCUCUCCGGCCAAAUCCCAGGACAGCGGUGGUGGGAGGUCGGGUCAGUCAGGGCCGUUGACUAAACUUCCUCCUCGUCCUCUGACCAGUGGAGAGAAGAGGAUGGAGGAGGCCCGCAGGAGGAAAAAAGAGGAGGAGAAGGCCAGAGAGACAGGUGGGAAGCCAUUGUUGAGACAGGAGAGUUUUACGGUGGAGAAACCCAGUUCCAACGUUCCCAUUGAGCUCAUACCUCGCAUCGAUGGACUGACCAGCAGCAGAGCUCAGAGCAGAGAGACAGGCACGGACAGUUCCACGCUGCAGAAGGACUUGGAGGCCGUGGCAGCCUUUCUGGAGAACACUGUUUCAGAUUUAGGUGAUCCACCGAGUCAGUCCAUUGAAGGAUCCCUGUCUCCUGAGUCUGAUGUGGACACAACAAGCACAGUAAGCCAGGCUGAGGGCGCCAGAAAAAUGGUCCAGAGACGCAGGACCCUGGCCGGGCCGCAGAAGGAAAAAACAGUGGUGUGUUCCACCAGUAAGGGGCCAACAGGCAGCAGAGAGGCCCAGGACAAGAGGGCAAAACCCAAGACAUCCUGUCCUCCGCCACCACCAAGCCGUCGCUGGACUUCCCAGGAUCUCACUGACGACGACCUUAACUCCAGCUCUCUGCUUUCAGACCCACAGCCCGUGUCCAGAAGCUCACGUACCAGAGCUCAGCACAGUACCACCACGGUGGCUGGAAACACAAAGUCUAGUCGGGCUAAGGUCACUCAGCCCCCCGCCCCCUCGGCAACCUCUAAAACCUCCAGUGUCCCCAAACCCAGACCCACCAGAGCGUCUCUGCUGAGGAGGGCUCGCCUCGGGGACUCAUCAGACACGGAGCCUGCCGACCUGGACCGGAUGUCAGUGGCCUCGGAGGCCUCCACAGCCAGUUCCACAUCCAGGACAGGGAUGGCUAAGAGAGGAAUGUCCAGGAUUGAAGCCUUGGCUCAGCCGCGGAGGCCAAGGGUCAGCUCCCCGUCAGCCCAGAGUGACUCAGAGGCGACUGUGACCAGGAGUCGAGGUCUGGGUGCCCGGAGCGUGGCGGGAGAUUUUGCUGUCAGACAAGGACUAAGGGGAUCAGGCGCACCACCAAUGUCUGGACCAAGAGCCAGGGCCAACAGCGCCUCCAAGCUGCCUGACAAGAGUAAAGGCAGCUCUUCUUAUGGACCUGUCAUGCCUGCCUCUGGAAGUAGAUGGCGCCGUGUUCCUGUGGAUUAUGCUUCCACCUCAGAGGACGAGUACGGCUCUAACCGCCACAUGGUCAAGCAGGGCCACACGCAGCCCUUUCUGUCCACCCGAGUCGCCCAGCUGGGAGGUUCAGCUCCUGCCACUCCUCACCCCGUGGGUAUGAAGCAGCACUGCAGAGAACAGGACGAGUACAUGAGAGACUGGACCGCACACAGUGAGGAAAUAGCCAGGAUUAGUCAAGACCUUGCCAAAGACCUGGCCAUGCUGGCCAGAGAAAUCCACGAUGUGGCAGGAGAGAUCGACUCAGUCAGUCCUGCAGCCACUGAUCCUGGAGCUCUGUUGGAGGAGGGUGUAUUCGACGACAGCAGGGUCGUUGAUGGGAUCUCCACAGAGCAGGGCAGCGGCAUUGUGGGAACAAACGGACAGUCUGUGGAGCUGCGACCCCGGGGUUCUCACGGUCACAGCUCACGCUCCAUCCGCAGACAGACAUGGAACAGGGAGGAUCUUGUGUUGGACAGUUUACUGCUAGCGUCUGUGACUCAAAUGUCCAGCAGGAUACGACAGUCUGUGGAGAAAACCGCCUGUAAAAUCAGGAUCCUCUUCAAAGACAGAGAACGUAAGUGGGAGGAGAUUGAAAACAAACUGCAGGCAGAACACGACUCACUGUUACUGAAGAGCUCCAAUAAGGAGAUUUCAACCAUCAUUCAAGACCUGAAGAGAGUGGAACAGCAGCUGUUAGUCAUCGACAUGAUGUUGGAUCCAGACGGCACCCUGGACGCCCUGUCCAGCCUGGGCAUCACCAGUCCUCUGUCUGGGACUCAACCAGAGUCUGGUGAAGCCUGUAGGCCUGGAGGACCGAGCUCAGAACCACAGACCACAGGAUCCACAGCCCAGGUGGAGGCGACGGAGCAGGGCUUCAGCUGAAGUCUCCACCCUGGUUCAGACUGGAUCGAUGCACUGGACCAGAUGUGGGUGGAGACUUUAGUUCUGGAUCAGAGCCUGACUGUCCUUCCGUCCAAUGGCAUCACGGUGGGGUUGUUGAAGUCACACUCAUUUGUCAUACUCUCAGAUGAUACACAGUAAGGAGACAGCACAGUAUUAUUAUGAAGAACAUAUAACCUUCAGUAAACUGCCUGUUUAUGUUGCACUUAAUCAGAACCCCCCCCCCUCCAAAAAAUGUACAGAGUAAAGAGUAAGUAAAUGGAAAAUCAAUGUGAGGUGAACUUUUUUUCCCUUCAAUCCUCUGCAAAAAGUCUGAAACCGUCCUUUCAAAUGUUUGCUAUUUAAUUGCCCAAGAGCCCAAAGUAGGAAGGUGCAAUUGUGUCAAAAAGAGUUAUUGUGAGUGUGUGUGAAUGUGUGUGUAAGAGAGAGAGAGAGGUCUCUUUUUAUGCUGCCACAGAUUGAUCUACUCUAGUGCAAUCCCCACCCAGGAAUGAUUUUCCCUCUGGAAAAAUCACCGGCCAGACGGCUUGUUGUCCAGGGAAAAGAACUGGGUUUGUAAAAAUGUCUACCUGUGGAAAUGUUUAUUAGAGCGCUGUUUAAAUCUACUUAUGCUCGUUUGACCUUUUUGUGGUGUAUUUGGCUGCAGUGCAUCGAGGACAAUGCUGCGUGUGAGCAGAUGUGAUUGAAAUGCAAAAGACCCUCCAAAAAUAUGUCCUGACUUUCAGAUGUUUGCCCAUCACAAGUGCCCCGGGAAAAAAAAACAAUCAAGAAGAGACGCUACAGUUUAGAAGAGAUAAAAUAUUAUAAUGUUAUUGACAACAUUAUUAAUGCAGAUUUGGUUAUUUACAUUUUUAUGAUUUAAAUAAUAAUAUAUAUUGAUGAUGAUGAUGAUUAUCGAGGAUGACCCUCUCCCUGCGAUACGUUACUCUCUUUAACAGUUCUUAUUCGUCCUUCAUUUUCUCUAUGACAAACAGGGUAUGGAGCUAGUAGUCCGGUUGUUCAGUUACUUUUUGACCAUGAAUAAUCUGAAAUGUUUGAACCAUAGACUGUAUAUAAAAAAUGGACCAAAAUGAAGUUGUUUUUUAAUGAAUAACACCAGUUAUUGUUACAUUAGUUGUUGUUAAAUCAGCGUGGCUUUUAGUUUAGUUUUUUUUUUUUUAUGGUUUAUUUUUCAGUAACUUUUUUUUUUAACUGGAGAUGUUUGUUUUUAUACUAUAUUUUAGGCAACAUUUUUGGGUUAGUAUUAAGUUGAAUCUUUUUUUUUUGCUAUUUUACACUUUUUUUUACAACUUUUUUGUUGAACUAUUUUUGACAAAUGUUGCCUUUCUUUCCUUAGCGACACCUUGUUUUUUUCUAACUAACCUUUGUCAAAUGGCUCGGUUAACUUUUAGCUGCAUCUUGGCUUUACUUGGUCUUUGCAAAGAAAACACUUUGAGCCCUCGAGUCAACUAUUGUUUUAUUUUUUUAAAUAACUUGAAUAUGUUUUGGGUUGAUAUUUUUUUGUUAGAGUUUUUUUUUUUGUUACAUUUUUUUCCGUUUUUAUUUUUAUAUUGCGGCUUUAUUUCUGCGAUCUGCUGUUUGCUGCCACAUUGUGAUGACUGCGUCCGUUUCUUAUCUACAGUCUAAUGUGACUGUCACACGUUUGGUCUACGUGGUCUACGUUUCAUCAGAGAAACAAAGGAAGUAAAAACGGUGCAGUAACCUGUGCUUUAAAUGUACUCUAACGACUUAUAACAGGCCUCAUUACACUGUUUACAGCUGAAUGUAAUCUGAUUACAACCGUCCGUGACACGUUGGCCAAAACAACAAGGAUAUUAAACAACACCUGUUUUGUCCUCGUCGUCGCUGUGUUUGGGGAGUUGUUGGUUUUGGGUUUUCUGAGAGUUUGUUUCCCUAAGUGUUUAUUUGUAAAAAUGUUGGGGUAAAUUUGGAUCAUGAAACACAAGAACAGUUUCCAAUAAAAUGCAUGGGAACCUUGACACAGUAUAUGCUGCAUGUGACACAUGGUCGCCUUCCUCAUGUACAGUCAAUACACCGACCUCAGAGGAAACGGUUAUAGAUACACCUGUUGUCUACAGACUAAUGUGCAAAGGUUUCAGGCAGGCGUGUCGGAAGACUUCUUCUUUCUCCUCCUUCCCUUCUUUCUUCACUUUCUUUUUUACCCAUUCCUCUUUCUCCUCCUCUUCUCCUUGAUUUCUCCUCUUCCUUGUUCCUUAUUCCUUUUUCCUCACCUUACUUCAUCCUCUCCUGCCACAGAAAGCUCAGAUUAGAAAUGAUAUUCCAGGGAUACGCUCCAACUCCACCGGAGCCAGAGCAGCGUUAAUCCCACGUCUCCAGAUAUUCUGCUGCCUGUCUUUGAUCCCUAAAGUUGUGUCAGGAGUUUUAUCCUCCUCCAGGAGCAGCGUUUAACUAGGAGCACGUUGUACUCCUGCAGCUGUCCACCUCAGGAACAUCCUUUACAACCAAGUAAAGGAUUCUCACCAAUCCAGUUUCCUGACUGCUGGACUUGAAGGCCGUUUGUUUUUCGUUUUGUCACGUGUCGACGUUAUACAUUUAUAUUCACGAAAAUAAUCCGACACCAUUCGAUGACGACUGUUGUGUGUGGUUGUGUUGAACAGAUUGAAGGUUCAGGUCUUGUUAAUUAUUGAAGCAACAUCAUUUGCUGUUGUGCUUCCGUCAGCACACACACACUAACAAUGACGCUCCAUAAUUUGUCAAAAUGGAUUUCAUUGUCUUGUCCAUUUCACCUGGGACGUCUUCUCAUGAAUCCUGAGAUGGAGAAUCUGGAGGGAAAAUAACGAGCAGCGAGCGAUCUAUUGUUUGAAAAGCCAGUGCUGAGUCAGUGAGAAACCGUGGUUUUCAGUUGGUCACCGUUGUUCACAGCCUCGGGACGCUGUGUUCUGACCUUUGCUAGAAAAUCAACCCUAUUAUCAACCAUAAGUUGAAUAACUCACUUUGGUCUGUGAACACAGACCCUUUGAUGCAUGUUCAUUUUCAACCCGUGAUGACUAGUGUUAGUGGUUCCAGUGGCUGUCAGUGUCUUCAUACAUUGACCUUGCAUUUAUUACCUCAAAGCCGUUCUGAUUGGUUGGAGACCUGCUGAUCGUUUGCACCGGCGCCUGAUUCAAAAUGAACAGGUGUCGUCGGUGGCUGACUUCCUCUGAGUCUUCUAUUUCAUUUCAAACAAAAAUAUGAAAACAUAUUGUUUUGGGGGGUGCUGCAGGCUGGUCCGACCUGAGGUUGACGCCUCCAUAAACACAUGCUGGGAACUGAGAUGGGAUUUUAAGCUGGAGUUGUUUCAGUCAAACUAAAACUCUUCAUUUUUACAGCCUUAAUUUCUAACCAUAUAUUUCAGUUUUUAGUGCACUUUUGGGGAAUAUAACGACCAUUGGACGUUAAACUAAAUUGCUCUCACCAUGCUUGUGGACUGCAGCCUUGGCAGCAUGUUAUUCAGGUGGAAAACCGAGGCCUGAGUGGACAGAGUGAACAGUAUGGGUGAAGUAGAGGGGGGAGUUAACACGGGCUGCAUUCUUGUGGUGAUUCUUGGUGGUCAGAGGUAGGUCAGCUUCUCCACUGUGGCUCCAGUCCUUCCAGUUGGUGUUAUCAAGAUUUAUGUAGGCUGGGUUAGUGAGAUCGGGUGAAGAGCAGGUCGCUUCAUCAUGUUAUGGAUUUGAUUGGUUCCCGGUGAUUGUUCAGUCUGCGGCCUGUUCUCUCAUUGCUCCUGGAUCAGAACUUGAUUUGUCUUGGACUAAUCUCAUCCAUCUCUUACAGACUGUGUGCUUCCACCAAAUGAAGAUAUAACACACACACACACACAGGUCAACUGUUGCUGUUGUUGUUGCUAGAGAUGAACAAGGAAGGUCUGGUCCCGGAGUCCUGCAUGGGGGUGGGGCUGACGGCAUACUCUAGUCUUUAAUGAAAAUAAAUGAAGUUAUAAAGAAUGAAUUCAUACAUAAAUAUGAGAAAAUCACUCCUUCAGCAAAUAUGACAGUAGGCUAUAAAACGACUGAGGCAGUAACACAUCAGUAUAGACACACACACACAGACUCAGACCACACAUUCAUACUGUAUCUACUUACAGCAUGAAACUGAUGGGGACCAAAACAAAAUGCCUCUGAACGUCUCCCCAGCUGACCUUGGUGGCAGCCCAGCUGUGACUCCAGGGCAGAAACUCAAAUAACCGAGCCAUGAAAAUAAAAAAUCAAUGCAGGAAACAGAUCUGUUGCCAGAAGGCCGUUUUUCAAGGUCGGGGGCCCGGCAGAGUCUGGCGUCACAUUCAGCUUUCUGCCCAGUCACACAGAUGUGGACAAACUAAGAGCAGUAAGAAAAGAAAGAGAGAGAAAAAACCCAGCCUGGAACAGUUUUCAUUCAGCAGACAUCAACUCAGUGGCUGCAGGCUGAGCUGAAGACUUAGACACACGAGCUAAUGAAGCUGAUCUGUGGUGAUGGGCGUGAUGCCAUCAGAGCUGUCUCUGUAUGAUGGCUGCCUCAGAACUGAGGUUUA